UGUAUGACAUCAUCAUGUCGGUUUCGUGAACAUAAACACCUACAUUUAGUUUUGUUGAAUUCUAGUGAUACUGCUAAAUAUGUGAAAUCGGUAAAGUAUUUAUAUUUUUAAAAUCAUUAUGACGGAAGAACGCACGGAUGUGCUCAGUCUAACAGACGACGAAGAUAACGAUGAUUCGGAUUUCGAAUCUUCGUUGCCGGAGUUCCAAGACACUCUGAGUAAAUGGACAAAUUAUUUACAUGGUUGGCAAGAUCGAUUUAUUGUUCUAAAGGACGGAACUCUUAGUUAUUAUAAAUCAGAAAAUGACACUUCUUAUGGAUGUAGAGGAGCAGUCAGUCUUUCAAAGGCAACAGUAACGCCCCACCAGUUUGACGAGUGCCGUUUUGAUGUGGGGGUGAACGACAGUGUUUGGUACCUGAGGGCCAAGGAUGAGGAAGAGAGACAGAAGUGGAUAAAUGCCAUUGAGCUGCACAGGCAAGCGGAGUCAGGAUAUGGCAGUGAAAACAAUUUACGUCGCCAUGGAUCCCUUAUGUCACUUACAUCAACAUGUAGUAUGUCCACCACUUCAACAUCCUCAUUUAAAAGGGGGCGUGGUCUGUCAGAGAAAGUGGCAGAAAUGGAAACAUUCCGAGACAUCCUAUGUCGUCAGAUUGACACAUUACAGGGCUACUUUGACAGCUGUGCAUCUGCUGUGUCGCAUGGUGCUGUCCAAGAGUUGCAUGAAGAUGACAUUGGGGACCCAGAUGACCCCCAUGAUGCAUCUGGAACAGAUCAGCAAGGUCAAAUAUUCAACAGUCCAAAGGGCAAAGACCUAGCAUCCAUAUUACAACAACAUGGGGGGCAUGCAGUGGAUUUCAAAGGAGAGGCCCUGACAUUUAAAGCUACCACGAUGGGGAUUAUACACACCCUGACCCAUUGUAUUGAACUGAUGGGUCAGAGGGAGGACGCAUGGAAAAAGAGACUGGAAAAGGAGGUUGAAAGGAGAAAGAAGUUUGAGGAAGCUUACAAGUCUGCAUCCUUGGACAGAGGAAAGCAAAAGCUCAUCAUAGGGGGACCUGACUUUGAGGAGGGUCCCAACUCCCAGAUGAAAGAGGAAGAAUUCUAUGAUGCUGUUGAUGCAGGUUUAGACAAACUAGAAGAAAAAUUUGAUGAAAUGAGGAUUGAGAAAGCCACAGAACCUGCUCACCAUUCCAAGAUAUCCUUAAAUUCACAACAUCCAUUGUAUAAUGAGAUAAACCAGCUUGUGGACAACCACCUUAAGAGGAUGGACGAGAAGACGGAGGGCGGGGAGGACACCUGGCAGGUGAUCGCGGAGGAGGGAGACCUCAAGGUGUACAAGAAGGAGCUGGAAGUAGACGGUGUUGUCAUCGACCCCCUAAAGGCCUCCUAUGUGGUCAAGGGUAUUACUGGCCAUGAGGUUUGCCAUUACUUCUGGAGCAUUGAUGUACGCUUGGAUUGGGAUGCUACUCUUGAGUCCAGUGUCUGUACUGAGUGGUUGGCUGAGGACACUUUUAUCAGUCACAACGUCAUCAAGAGGGUGUGGCCGGCCUCUCAGAGAGACGCCCUCUUCUGGUCACACCUCCGUCAUGUGACAGGGAAGAAUGACGAGGAUCCAGACAGGUGGAUUGUCGUCAAUUACUCAACGGAGGACAGCAAAAUUCCCAACAAGUAUGUGCGAGUUAAAAUGAAUGUGGCCAUGAUAUGUGAGACCAUCAUUGAUCCACCUGCUGAUGGUAAUAUCAGUCGUGACGACAUUAAGUGUAAAAUCAGCUACACCGCAGAGGUUAACCCAGGAGGAUGGGCCCCAGCCUCUGUGUUGAGAGCUGUGUACAAGAGAGAGUACCCCAAGUUCCUCAAACGAUUCACAGGCUACGUCAAGGACACAGUCAAAGAUAAACCUAUCCUUUUCUAAACGCUGCUUUGUUACUUCUUUAUUGUGCCUUCUUGUCUCCAUUUCUGAUUAAAAACUUCUGUAGCUUUUUCGGCUUUAGGAAAUUUCAGCUUGGUUUGUUAGGAUACCAGAUCACUACAUGUACACUGUAUAUACUGUAGACAUAUGGACUUUGGUUUUGUUCUGUAUUGAAAAAUCAUUGGUAAAUAUCAAGGCAAAGUUACAGUAGUAAAUGUUCAUAGCAGGGGUGUAGCUAGAAAAAUGUUAAGAAAAAGUCCAUCCAAAGAAAGGCAAGUAUUGUACAAACUUUGUAGAGAAUUAAAAAAAAAAUGUUGAUUUGUGUACUAAUACAUGUAUAUAUAAAUGAUAUCUUAUAAUUGUUUGUACAAAAAUCAACAAUAUUGUAUAUAUUAUAGGAUAUAUUUUAACUUGAUAAGACUCAUUAAUUUAUUUUGUAAAAUGCAUGCGUAUGUAUAGCUAUGUGUUACUUAGAUAAAAACCAGCUUGAGUGCCAUGUACCCCUUGAUUUAAAGGGGCUGGGUGGUUGUGGCCAUUUUUAGACUAUUUUGAUCUCCUUUAAAAGAAGAGCUCCAUAUAAAGAUAUAAUAAAAUGAUCAAAUUUUAAAACUAAAAUUUAUGAAAUUUUUCUUUGCCAAAUGAUAGUUGAAAGCUUAAGAUAUCAUAUCCCAAAAUUUAAGUUAUAUCUUGUGGUUAAUAAAAAAAUAAUUCGUUGACCCACUAGCCUCCUUAACUUAUUGUACACUACAUACAUGUAGGUUAACCAAUAAGAAAAAUACAAGUGUAGAUCCUAGAAAGUAAUUGCUUCUGAUUCCUUUCAGUUUAAAACAAAAAAUCAGAGAAAAGUUGUUGUCAAAGAAUAUAAUGAAUUAUCUCCCUUAUACUGUAAGAAAUUUUUAUGAAUCCUUUCUAUGAAAGGUGAUUUUUUUUAGUGAGCUUGGGGCCAUUUAAAAGGGGACAAUUUAUAUGUACUAUAGGCAUUUAUGUAUUUUGUGCUUAUUAUUCCGCUUUUCAGAAAAGACUUUAGAUGCAUGUACAUGUCCAUAUGAAAUUUUUUAAUUCAGGAGAAUUUUACAACACUGUGGAAAUGCUCAAUUUUCUUUUAAACUCAAUAUUUCAAAGCAAUUAGCAGUAGUAAUUCCAUUUUUGUAAAUUCAAUAUUUUGAUUAUUGUGCAACAGAUUUUUAUAAAUUUCAUGAAAUUUGAUGACAGUAAGAUAAGUUUUCUAAUACUACAGUUAUGAAGUACUUAGUUGUACAUUUUCCUGGAUUUUCAUUUCAGACAUAAUUUGUAGUGAUUCUUGGCAUGAAUAAAUGCUUGCAUGAAUGAAGUGAAUGGUUUUUGAAACUGACGUGUAUACAUUCAUUAGAUAAAGAUUUUGAAACAUUUUACAGAAGUUUCAUUUCAUCUGUAGUAAAACUCAAGAGCAGUGAAUUACAGCAGAAUUUUUCCUGUUUCUUUUAUAGAUAAGAGCAUGUACUGAAUUUGGUUUUUAUGUACAUUCAUCUACUUAAAGGCAAAUUCAAGCUAUUUCGAAUUAUCAAGCUUUAUUAAAAUAGUCAUUCAAACAGCCCACUUCAUUAAUUUGUGCUGCACCAUGCCACUUUACUCAUUAAAGUUUGAUUUUGUCAGUCUGUGCACUUUGACACUGUAAAUUAACCAAUUAAAUCCAAUAAGAAUUCCAUGAUUUACAAUGCAUUCAUUCUUGGGGAUAAUAAUUUGUGUUUUUCAUUUAUAAACAUUUAUUGACUGUGUUCACAAUAAACAGGUUUCAUUGUAUGAGGGUAGUAUUAUCUUUUCCCACUGAUACACAUUCUUAGUUGUAAUCAUUACACGUGUUGCACAUGAUUUGUGAAUUUAUGCACAUUGUAUCUGUUUUAUUUUUAUGUAAUUGUACAAAGGGUUUGUAAAUGCUGAUAAUGAUAAUCUAUUUUCUCUUUGUAAAUUAUUUUGUCCAAUUUGUAAAUUCAUUAAUUGCUUCACUCUUAUUGCAAGAAAACUAGUCAGGUUUUAUCUUGAUUGAAAUAUCUAAUAACAGAAAUUUAGCUCAAACUUUUAGAUAAUAAUAUGUGAAAAUGUUUUCUAGUCUAUAGUUAUUAAUACGUCUGUCUUCUUCAGAAGUUGACCAGGCUCUUUUCUUCCAAGAGGUCAAAGGCCAGUAGUUUUUUUCUAUACACACCCAUAGAAUUUUUUAAAAGUUUAUUUUGAAAGAAACUUUCUUUACGGUUAUUCGAAAUUAUAUAAAGAGAUGAAAUUCUCAGUAUUUGUGUCUAUUUCAUCAUUUAUUUGAUUUGAGUUGUGAUUUAUGUUUUAUUGUGUAAGUUUCUUGGUUGAAUCAAAAAUUGGUGCACAGAAAUAAUAAAUGCAAAAUCCACAGUAUUUGAAAAGGAAUAUAUCAAGAACCAAAAAAAAUAUUUGCCUGUUUUUCUUGUUCUUAAGAUUGUUAAUUGUUAUUGACAAUUGGUUAAUUAAUAUAUGGUGAUUACAAUCAUUUUAUGAUGCAGUAGUAUUCAAAACCAUUGUUAUGUAGAUGUUGCCCAUUCCCGAAAGUUAAUGGUCUUAAAAGUGUUACCUCCUUAGUGUAUAUAAAAUAUUCGUACAAUCAGUGAUAAGUGUGUACAUUUCUCUUCAUGUUUAUGUAUACAUUGUAUAUUAAUAAAACUAAUAAAAUUUGUACAUAUGUGUA